UCAUCGUAACGGCAUCCUCACCAACACUUCGAGACGGAAUGCGCUGAAAGAUGAGUUCCCGAUGACAGACAUGGGACAAAUCAGCUCCUUCCUCGGUGUUUCAGCAAUCUUCAACGACAAAGGUCUAUUUCUGAAUCAAACCAGAUAUGCUGAAGAAAUCAUAGAACGCGCAGGUAUGAAGGACUGCAAGCCCUGCACCACUCCAGUAGAUAUGCAAUCAAAACUCUCGGAUAAAGAAGGCACACCGCUGUCUAAUCCAACAGAGUAUAGAAGCUUGGCUGGAUCUCUCCAAUACCUCACUUUCACCAGGCCUGAUAUAUCUUACGCGGUCCAGCAGAUUUGCCUCUUUAUGCAUGACCCUCGCGAGCCUCAUAUGAAAGCACUCCGGCGAAUUCUUCGGUACAUACAAGGCACAUCCCACUAUGGUCUCCAACUACUCAAGCAUUAAGGUCUGUCGUUGGUAGCGUACACUGAUGCCGACUGGGCAGGCUGUCCAACAACCAGGCGCUCAACUUCAGGCUUCGACGUCUUCUUAGGAGACAAUCUAAUCUCCUGGUCGGCCAAACGACAACCAACAGUUUCUCGGUCAAGCGCAGAAGCAGAGUAUAAAGGCGUGGCCAAUGCAGUUGCAGAGACUUGCGGCAUACGAAACCUACUCUUGGAAAUGGACUUCCCGC